AUGCAUCGAACCAAAAAGAGGUCUUCCUUUGGAGCCUCUCUAAAUAUACCCGACUCAGCGACACCAUCCAAAAUGAAACAUCACAAAGUGCGAUUAAAAUGUCCAGGCGAUAAUCCUGGAAAACCUUUUUUAAGUCCUUUUAUAAUAAUAGUAGUAAUACAACUAAUGUCAGUACACAAUGCUCAUGCCAAUCGACCGCCUCGCUUUAUUAUCGAGGGACAAUCGGAAAUUGUUUUGCGACUAAAGGAGAGUCCGGAAACGGAAGUUGGCACCCUGAUAUACACUCUGAAGGGCUACGAUCCCGACAAUGAUCCCUUGACUUUUGGCAAAAGACCUUCGGCCGAUAGUGAAGUGAUACGAAUCGAAAACAAGAGCUCGAAUGAAGCCAAUGUGUACCUGGCCAAAGAAUUGGAUAGAGAAACUCAGGAUGAAUACUCGAUAGUUUUAACGCUAACCGAUAACCAUUACAACGAUUACAAUUAUGUCACCCAAAGUUUUCUGCUUCUAGUGGAGGAUAUCAAUGAUAAUGCACCCAUAUUUUUACCCUACCAAAGUGCUAUAGAAAUACCGGAAAAUAGUGAGCCCAGUGUUAUAACAGCAUUGGAGGCUGUGGAUGCCGAUGAGGGAGCCUAUGGCCAAGUGGUGUAUUAUUUACAAGAAUUGGAAGGUGAUAAUGAUGUCUUCUCCAUUACCACACAUCAAGGGAAGGGUAUAUUAAGUCUAAGGGGCCAAUUGGACUAUGAGACAAAGGCUCUUUAUCAACUCAGAGUUUUGGCAGUGGAUAGAGCCAAUCAGGGUCCUGUUAAUACAGGCACAGCAGCAAUAUUGAUAAAAGUCAAAGAUAUUGAAGAUCAGCCACCGGAAUUUGUUAAGGUACAGCCGGUGGCUAGAAUACCUGAAGAUGCUGCUGUGGGUACAAGGGUGAUGCGAGUACUUUGUGUGGAUGGAGAUCGUGGCAUUAACAAUCCCAUAGCUUAUGAAUUGGAAUCAAAUGAGUUGUUUGCCAUUGAACGAAAUACUGGCUGGAUAUAUACAAUACGGGAAUUGGAUCGGGAAGAUCCCAGUAAUCAGGUGAAUGGAGCAUAUAUUCUAAAGGUGACAGCUAAGGAAAUAUCAAAGACAUCCCCCAUAACUCCUCUGGCUGCUCAAGUGAAAACUGAAGUCACCAUUAUAGUAUCGGAUGUUAAUGAUGAAAUACCCACUUUUGGUGAAGACAUCUAUCGUUGUGAGGUGAAUGAAAAUGCUCAGGCCAAUACACCAUUGAAUUUUAUCGAUGGUGAUGUACGACAUUUUGUCUACGAUCAUGAUGUGGGCAAUAAUGGUACAUUUCGUCUAUUUUUGGAUCCAACCAAUGAUCUUUUCGAGAUAGUCCCGGAUAUAGCGGUGAAUGAAGCCAGCUUUAUGAUAAGAGUGAAAAAUCCCAUAUCAUUGGAUUAUGAACAAAUGAAGGAAAUAAAUUUUACCCUCUUCGCCCGAGAAGUGGAUGAGCCCAGCCGUUAUUCCUCGGCCCACAUACAAAUUUUCAUAAGGGAUCAAAAUGAUAAUUUUCCAGAAUUUUCUCAAAGCAUCUACAAUGUGUCAUUGGCGGAGAACAGUGAAGUGGGCUCCUUGGUGACCAAACUAGAGGCUACGGAUGUGGAUUCAGGGGAUUUUGGUACAAUGGGCAUACGAUUUCGCAAUCUAAGAGGUGGCAUAGCUCAUUUAUUACAUUUGAAUCCCAUUACUGGCCUGGUGACCAUUAAACAGUCUGGAGGCUCUGCCUUCGAUCGUGAAAUCAUCUCCCGCCAUUAUUUAACUGUGGAGGCCAUAGACAAUUUGGGCCAAGGCAAUCGCAAUACGGCCCAAUUGAUAAUCAACAUUGAAGAUCUCAAUGACAAUGCCCCCAUCUUUUUGCAGCGCCAAUAUGAGGCCACACUGCUUGAGAAUAAAAUUACUUUUGAACAUCCUUUGCAAUUGGAGGCGCGCGAUAUCGAUUUGAUUGGCACCGAAAAUAGUCAAAUAACCUAUGAAAUUGUGGAGGGCAUGUAUCGCUCAAAUUUCUCCAUUGAUCCUGAAAUGGGCGAAUUGAGGCCCAUCAAUGCCUUUGACUAUGAACAGUUGGUGGAGCUAAAAAAUCGUCAAUCCUCAGCCGAGACCAUAGUAAGCUCGGACAAAGGCAUUCGUGUUUUAGAUCUCAUGGUGCGUGCUCGAGAUUCUGGCAUACCCAUGUUGUCCACGGUGGUUCCCGUGCUCAUAUAUGUUCAGGACAUUAAUGAUAACCCUCCGAUAUUUUUGAAAAAUUUCUACUCCAAAAGUAUCCCCGAAGAUAUGCCAGGUGGCAGCUCGGUUCUGCAAGUGAUGGCGAUUGAUCGUGAUGGUUCUGCACCCAAUAAUGUCAUUGUUUAUCGCAUUCAAUCUGGUGCUAAAGAUAAAUUUGUCAUCAACUCUGAGACGGGAGUGAUAUCGGUGGCUCAUGGUGCCAAUUUAGAUCCAGAUUUGACGGACAACAAGACUAUGCUGUAUACUUUGACGGUGCUUGCCAUUGACGGGGGUAUUGGCAAUACUCAGCUUAUGAAUACCGCUACUGUCAACCUCACCAUAAAGGAUGUCAACAACAAGUUACCUCUACUGCCCGAUUUACCCACAUUGCAAAUAGUUGAAAAUACCCCUGUGGGUACACAAAUUUAUCGAAUUGUAGCUAAUGAUUCUGAUGAAAAUCCCAUAAUACGGUACAAAAUCAACCCCUUCAAUUCGGAGGCACGUAAUGAAGAAGGAACUGUAGUUAAACAAAGUGAAUAUGAUUAUAUAUCGAUCUUUGAUCUGGAUCCCAUAGAUGGAACUUUACAACUUAUCAAGCUGAUUGAUCGUGAACGAGUGGAACACAUCAAGCUGGCAAUAGUCGUAGAAGAUUUGGCAGCAGCCAAAGGAAAACAAAUUGUGGAGGGCUUUCUUACCAUACUCGUUGCCGACGAAAAUGAUAAUAAUCCCAAAUUCAAGCAGCCCUUUUACAAGAGAUCCAUAACCGAGAACAGUAUGAAUGGUGUUUUGAUAGCCAAUGUGAUUGCCUAUGACAUUGACAAGAAUCGCACCAUCACCUAUAGUGUGGAGGGUAAUCCUUUGAUCAGGCAAAUGAUUCACAUGGAUUCGCAUACGGGUGAAAUUGUGGUGGCCAAUAAAAUCGAUCAUGAGCAGUAUCAAUGGUUAAAUUUCUCCGUUAGAGCCACUGAUUCAGGUGUGCCUCCACGUUCAUCAUUGGUGGAUGUUUUUGUAUCUGUUCUGGAUGAGAACGAUAAUAAUCCCUAUUUCAUUGGAGGUUCUAAGAAUUAUACAAUCAGUGAGUCGGCUGUGGUUGGCACACGCAUAGGUACCAUACAAGCCUCCGACGCUGAUUCGGGAGAUUUUGGAAAAAUCACUUUUCUCAUGGAUCGCAUAAGUUCUCAGGGCAAAUUUUCCAUAGAUGCAGACACCGGAGUGUUGACGGUGAUAGAUAAACUCGAUCGUGAAACUAAGGAUUUUUAUAUGCUGGUUAUCGAAGCAUGGGAUAAUUAUCAAUUUGGUUUCUUAGCGGGAGAGAGUCGCAAUGCCUUUAAACAAGUUUUUAUUACAAUUUUGGAUGAGAAUGAUAAUGUUCCCGAAGUUUUUGUGCCCUCAACUUGUGUAUUAAUCACAGAGUACCAUGAGCUCAACGAAAAGAUUGCCACAAUCAAGGGUAAGGAUGCUGAUGACCCACAAACACCAAAUGGACGUUUGGAAUUCAAGAUAACAAAGGGAAACCCAGAAGAACUGUUUGAAUUGCGUCAAAUUGAUUCAUGGAACGCCCACAUUUAUGCCCGAAAAUCUCUUCGAAAUCGUUAUGGCAAUCACACCUUAACCAUAAGCACCCGUGACUUGGGUGCACCACCCAACAUUGUGACCAAACUACUGGACAUUUGUAUAUCGGAUUUCAAUGAUCAUGCACCAGUGUUUGUUCAACCUCUACAUAAUACAACAGUGCGUGUACCAGAAAAUGCAACCGUUGGCUCGUUGAUACUACAGGUGAUGGCUACCGAUGAAGAUAUUGGCAUGAAUGCUUUAGUUCGUUAUCGCCUAAAACCUGAUCCUUUAGGUAGUUAUCGACUUUUCGAUUUGGAUGCAGAUACAGGUCAUUUAUUUCUGAAGGAACCUUUGGAUCGAGAUAAACAAAAGAUACAUGAGAUAAGAAUAGAGGCCUAUGAUCAAGGAUUGCCCACCUCACUGAGUGCAGAUUUGGAUUUGACCAUAUAUAUAAGGAAUGUUAAUGAAUAUGAACCUCAAUUUAUUGUGGAUGAAAUUGCGGUGAAUUUUACGGAACAUUCUGACCCCGGAUCUGAACGAGUCAAGCUUCCCGAUACCAUAGACAAGGACGAAGUGGAUGAUUUAGAUGAUCCUCCAAGUCAGGUUUGUUAUUUCAUAGUCAAAGGCAACGAGGAGGACAAUUUCCAUUUGGAUGCUGAGACCCACAUACUGACCACUCAAAAAGAAUUGGACCGCGAGUUAAAAGCCUUCUACCAUCUCUAUGUGAGGGCCUCGGAAAAUUGUAAUAUGGCCGGCGGCGAAUAUCAAAUGGCCACUAGUAAACAAUGGGAAAUCGAAAUUGAUCAAGAACCUAUAAGACCUUUCAAUCGUCGUCAAGGAGGAUUUUUGAGAAAUAACAAAAAUUUUGAUCGUUAUAAGCACUCGAGAAAUUUACGUUCCAUAGCCUAUGGCGAUUUUGACAACUAUGGCAAUUACUCCUCAAGCAGUGAAGAGCUACUCAUGAGCGACAGCACCAUUGUAAGGGUUAUGGUUCGUGUCUUGGAUAUCAAUGACAAUCCUCCAAAAUUUCGUUCGAAAAUUUUUACCGGUGGCAUAACAACAAAUGCCGAUUUUGGCACUCGCUUUAUGCGUGUAGAGGCCGAGGAUUUGGAUGAGGGUCCCAAUGCCCAAAUUUUCUAUUACCAAGUGGGCGAUAUAAGACAGACACUGUCUGAGGGUUUGGAAAAUAUACGCACCUCUCCCUUUCUGGUGGACCAGGAGACGGGGGAAAUACAAUUGAAUUUUGAUCCUCAGAAAGGCAUGAAAGGCUAUUUUGAUUUUAUGGUCUUGGCCAACGAUACGCUGGGCAUGAAGGAUGUGGCCCAUGUUUUUAUCUACCUCCUGAGGGAAGAUCAAAAAGUACGCUUUGUGUUUAGACUGCAGCCCAAUGAGUUGAGGGACAGGAUACAAAUGUUUAGAGAGAAUCUAAGCAACAUCACAGAUACCAUAGUCAAUAUCGAUGAGAUCAAGGUGCAUGAGAACAAAGAUGGUUCGGUGGACAAAACCAAAACGGAUCUGUAUAUGCAUCUUGUGGGCAAGGAGGACAACUCAAUCUAUGAAGUGGCUGAUGUUUUGAAUUUGAUAGACUCCCAUAUAGAACAUUUAGAUGAUUUGUUUAAGGAGCUCAAUGUCUUGGAUACCCAACCGGCUGAGGCGCAGUUAUUGCAAGCAGGGCAACAGGCAAAUGCCAUGUACAUAUGGCUAAUAUUCACUAAUCUGUUUUUGGCCACAUUACUGGUGGUAACCUUGGCGUUAUGUGCCUCUCAGCGCAAUGGCUACAAAAGGCAGUUGAGGGCGGCCAAAGUCAAUAUAUUUCGUAACUCUUCGUUAUCUUUGCAAAAUCCCCAUGAGCCCGCCUCGCGUGUGCCUAAUACAAAUAAACAUAGUGUUCAGGGUUCAAAUCCCAUUUGGUUAAAGGGCUAUGAAAAUGAAUGGUUCAAAACCGAUGAAAAUUUAAGUCAAAGUGGCCACGAUUCAUUGGAUGAUAACUUUCUUGCUAUCGGCACUCCCAAUAUCCAGGAAACUUUAAAGGGCACUGCUAAACUCUUCAACCACACCAAUGAUUUAAAUCGUCAUUUUAAUGUCUACAAUCAAAUCGAUAAAUUAACAAAUAAUGCUCAACUCUUAGCAAGGAAAUUAGAAACUACCGAAUUGUAAAAGCUCAUCAGUCCAGGAAUUGUAUUUACACUGUAGUUUUAAGUUAUUUAUUAUUUUAAG